AUGCUCGGUGACUCAGUGGAGAACACUUCUGCUACUAAGACCAUCCGAAGAUUUUUUAAACUCUGUUCCUUCGGGAGGCUGCUGGUAGCAACUUGUGGUCUUGGCCAGAGACUUAACCUCGCUGGGCCCUACUUUCCUCUUUGUAAAGGGAGCGUGUCCACCGCGAGGCUUCAUUGUCACCGACCAGUCAUUGUCAACCCAGAGCCAGCAGAGAAGGCACGUUCCUGGCAGCCUUCUGCGCUGUGGCUGCGCGGGGACAAAGGUCUGGGCACCGGCACAGAACGGGUGCGGGGCAGGGCCAGGCCGGCCCGGUGGAGCCCGCGGGGCGGGGCCGCCGCGCCCCCUCCCUCCCCGCCGCCUUCUCCUGCUCGCGCCGCCGGGGCUCAGAAAGGCGGUCGCAGCGGCCGCGGCAACAGCUCCGGCUCGGGCUCCGGCUCCUCCCCCGCGCCCCGGCCACCCCGGCCCCGAGCCCCGGGCCCCGCGCCCCGACCCCGCCACCGCCGCGCCUCCGGGGGCCUCGGCGCCCCCGCCGCCCGCCUCACGCUGAAGUUCCUGGCCGUGCUGCUGGCCGCGGGCAUGCUGGCGUUCCUCGGUGCCGUCAUCUGCAUCAUCGCCAGCGUGCCCCUGGCGGCCAGCCCGUCCCGGGCGCUGCCCGGCGGCGGCGACAACGCCUCGUCCGCCUCGGGCGCCGCCGCGUCCCCGGGCCCGCAGCGCAGCCUGAGCGCGCUGCACGGUGCGGGGGGCUCGGCCGGGCCCCCCGCGCUGCCCGGGGCGCCCGCCGCCAGCGCCUACCCGCUGCCGCCCGUGCCGCUCUUCAGCCGCUUCCUGUGCACGCCGCUGGCCAGCGCCUGUCCGUCGGGGGCCGAGCAGGGCGACGCGGCGGGGGCCGGCGCGGGCGAGCGCGAGGAGCUGCUGCUGCUGCAGAGCACGGCCGAGCAGCUGCGCCAGACGGCGCUGCAGCAGGAGGCGCGCAUCCGCGCCGACCAGAACACCAUCCGCGAGCUCACCGGCAAGCUGGGCCGCUGCGAGAGCGGCCUGCCGCGGGGCCUGCAGGACACCGGGCCCCGCAGGGACACCAUGGCCGACGGCGCCUGGGACUCGCCCGCGCUCGUCCUGGAGCUGGAGGACGCCGUGCGCGCCCUGCGGGACCGCAUCGACCGCCUGGAGCAGGAGCUGCCGGCCCAUGUGAACUUGUCAGCAGCCCCAGCCCCAGUGCCUGCUGCACCCACCGCCCUGCACUCCAGGAUGGACGAGCUGGAGGGGCAGCUGCUGGCCAAGGUGCUGGCGCUGGAGAAGGAGCGCUCAGCCCUCAGUCACAGCAGCCACCAGCAGCGGCAGGAGGUGGAGAAGGAGCUGGACGCCCUGCAGGGCCGUGUGGCCGAGCUGGAGCACGGGCCCUCUGCCUACAGCCCCCCGGAUGCCUUCAAGGUCAGCAUCCCCAUCCGCAACAACUACAUGUACGCCCGCGUGCGGAAGGCACUGCCCGAGCUCUACGCCUUCACCGUCUGCAUGUGGCUUCGCUCCAGGUCGGGUGGCCUCGGCCAGGGCACACCCUUCUCCUACUCCGUCCCCGGGCAGUCUAACGAGAUUGUGCUGCUGGAGGCGGGUCAUGAACCCAUGGAGCUGCUGAUCAAUGACAAGGUGGCCCAGCUAUCCCUGAGCCUGAAGGACAACAACUGGCACCACAUCUGUAUCACUUGGACCACAAGGGAUGGCCUAUGGUCUGCCUACCAGGACGGGGAGCUUCGGGGCUCUGGAGAGAACCUGGCUGCCUGGCACCCCAUCAAGCCUCAUGGAAUCCUUAUCCUGGGCCAGGAGCAGGAUACCCUGGGCGGCCGAUUUGAUGCCACCCAGGCCUUCGUGGGUGACAUUGCCCAGUUCAACCUGUGGGACCACGCCUUGACUCCUGCCCAGGUCCUGGGAAUUGCCAACUGCACCGGGCCGCUGCUGGGCAAUGUGCUGCCCUGGGAAGACAAGCUAGUCGAGGCCUUUGGGGGAGCCACAAAGGCCAUCUUCGAUAUCUGCAAAGGAAGGGCAAAGGCAUGAGCAUGAAAGGCUGCCAGUUUGGAGACUCGGGGGGGCACAUUCCCUUCUCAGCCUGCCCACACACUGACACCCCCCCCCCACUGUCUUGCUCUGCUCCUGGCCACACCUCCUGUCUCACCUCUGCUCACACCUCCGGAAUACCCUGCCCAGCACCAGCUGGUCCCCCAAUCCCACUCACAUAGGAGAAAGUCUGAGUCAAGCCUGGAGUGAGUCCAGGCCCUGGAAGGUGCUUGGAAGCAGUUCCCACAGCUGUGUCCGCCCUCCUGGCAUCAUACUGGAGUGACCUCUCACCCACCCCACCCUGCCUCACCCGCCACAUCUGACUUUGCUGAUUUCAGUCACAUCUGUCAUAAGACUCAUGCAGGAGGAAAGGCCCACACAUUCUUGGUGGCAUUAAUGGCCAUCCCCUCCCUUGGCCCCCACUCAGGUGGCCUUGCCCCGUCCCCUUCAGAGCCACAAUAGAUUCCCCAGGAAGAGAUGACAAAGACCAGGUGAUUCACCCCUCCUCCAUUUUCCCACCAGCUGCCAUUGAGGGUGGUGGGAUCUUGCCGGAGCUCCCCACCAAACUCCACACCCUCUCUCUUCCUCCGCUUCUCUCGUGUUCAGUGGUUUGAAUGUUAGCUCCGUGCCUGGCCCAGUCCUGCCUCAGUUUCCAGGACAUUCUUUCCCCAGCCCCAGCCUAGAGUACUAGUUUACGAAACCCUGGGAGGUCAAAGGGCUCUGGUCACCCCUGGUGUCACUCUCCCCCUCUGUGCCCAGGGCAGGGCUGGGCUGCUCUUGGCCUGGCCUAGAACUGCAUGUGACAAAGCACUCUACCCUGUUCACCUUCCCAGACUCUGAUAGGGUCAUGUUGUCCCUCUCCUCUCCAUGGCCCUGCAGCACUGGGGAGGGAGGAAAGGAGGGAGGGAAGGGCUUGGAGGAGUCCUGGGUGCCUAGCCAGCCCCUGCCCACCUGCUGUAUGCCCUACUGCCCCCCCUGGGCCUUCUUUCCCAUCUGUCCACUGAGGCCCUUGCCGUGGUCUUUCCUGAGAGCUCUCCAGGUCAGAUGUGAGCGGGUCUUGGUGCCAGGUGAAUGAGUGGGGCAAGCCUGACCCCUCCCUGCCUGUUGCCCUGUGGCAUAGCAGGAGCAGGUCUUGGGCUGGGCAGAAGACCAACCUCAUUCACAUUUUGUUAAAAUCAACUCUUCCAGAUCCCUGAAGCCUGGCAUCCUUGAUUGCCAGAGAAUCAGUGUCUCCAAGAGCUGGUGACUUCCUGGCCUCUGCCCUAAGUCCUCCCCCACUCCCCUCCCCCAAGAGCAGAAGGGCUGAUGUCUUGCUUGUACAGCUGGAGAAGAGCUCUGAGAGGGCACAUGGAUGGCACAGGGUCACACAGCACAAUGGGGCAAAGCAGGACUAGAACCUGGGGUUCCCCCGGACACACCAUACUGCCUGACCAGGAGCACUUUUAAGCCCUACCUAUGCCUAAGAAGAUGAAUAUUUGAGAGGUCAGAAUGUUCUCCAGCAAGACCACUGGGCAACUUUCUUAUAAAACAUCAUUGCACCUUCCUUUCCAGUACCCUGGGAGGCAGAGAAGCAGGGGUAUGAGCCCCAGGCUUUCAGGCAGGCAGGAAGGAGAGCUGAGAAUGAAGGUGUCCCCCACCACACCCCAUCUUCCAGGUGUCUCCUGGCUCUGGGCCCUGUUGCCCCCUGCCCCCAUUCUUUUUUCCCUGUCUCAGCAUCACACGGCCACUUAGCCAGAGACAGUGGUCUGAGACAUGAAACAAGAGCUAUGGGCCUGGGACCACCACUUCCCAGCUCCUUAUUUCACUUCAAGAGCACAAAUAAACAGUUCAGCACCUCCAGCCAGCUCCCCCUGGAAGGAGAUGGAGAACUUCAGCCCCAGAUGCCUGGAUGCUGUUGUCCUGGUAACACCCAAUGACAUCAGCCCCAGGACUGGGUCAAGCUCUCAUAGUGACAUACGCUGUUGCUGGGGUGACAGAAGAUUCAGAAUCUAGAUUCUGGGGACAGGGGGCCUACUGGACUCCUAUUGUUCUGAAGGAAGCAGCUUUGGUAGAGACUUUGGAGAAAAGAGAGGGUCUUUGGAGGGGUGAACCAACCCGUCUGAUGUCUUGAGCAACCUCAAGGCAUUGUCUCUGUCCUUUGUGCUUUAUCUUAGUGAUGAUAAGACACCUGUGCUGAGUCACCCUGCUCAGCCCUCCAGAGAGGACAGCAGCAAGUGAAGACUUUGGGGGUGCAGACUUAGAGUCUGAGUGAGUCAUUGAUAAGUGGCUAGGGUCUCCAUUCCAAAAAGAUGAGAGUCCCAAAGUCCCCAGCCCUCCCCCCCAACACACACACACUGGCUGCCCUGCAUCUCCUUGCCCAGAACCUGCUGUCCAGAUGCAGCUUCAGUAUCUUCUUCAGCUGCUCACAGCACAGCCAGGAAGACAGGGAGGGGGCACACACCACGCUUAGUGCGCCCAAGCCACUCCUGGUCCACCAAGAAGCCGUUGCAGCCUUUACACAUGAGGCCAGGUGCAUCUCACGGGCAUCACCUCUUGCUCCCCACACAGUCACAAGCCCAUUGUGUAAGUGAGGGACUUGGAGCCCGGAGAGCUUAAGCGAUCUGCUGCAUGUGCAUCAGACACAAGUGCUGGAGCCCAGAGUUGAGACCAAGUUGGGUUACCUCUACAUCCACCUCAGCCCCAUUCCAUGCAGAACAGGCUUUAGGCAUCAUUGCUUCUCUUGGUCUUGGACCUGGUCCCAUUCAUCAAGCUGGAGGUUUUGAGGUGAAAGAACAGAAGUGAGGGUGUGUGAGUCAGCAGGUGGGGGGGUCCUCCUUUAGUAGAGAAGGGCUGGAGCUUCCAGAAGAGGUAGCAAGUUGGAGAGAGCUGGGAAGCUAGCUCCCCAGCACACAGACAGGGCUGGGGCUCUGCUCUUUCAUGCUCCUGCUCUGGGCCAACCCCUGAGCCAGAUGCUUCACAGCUCUUCUCUGGCAGAUUUCCUACCUUUGUGUCACCUGGUGCCCCCAUCUACGACCCAAGGGAACCACCCCCUUGCCACAGUCAUGCAUGCCUCAGGGACCACAGAUCUGGGGAGGUAGGGCCCUUAAGAGAACUGUGGUCCUCCAUCAUUUUAGAGGAGGAAGGUGCGUGACCCACAGGGCACACUGCUGGAGCCUGGAGCCCGGGCACACGCCACCCCACUCUCCACUCAGUGCUCACCGUCACACAGUGGUCCCCUCCUCCCCACAUGGGGGUUCCUCCUUUUAACUUUUUCCGGCACCCUUGCCCAGAGCACCCCCAGAGGUAGGGUUGCUCUCUACCCCUUAGUCUGCCUGCCGCCCAAACCCCACCUACCCCCUGACCCCGCUGGUUGGGGAAGAAACCCAUGUAGGCCCCGUCUGAGCAGUGAGUGAGCAUGUCAAGUGUCAGACACUGUGAAGUGAGUGCCCUUGCCAUCUGCCCCUUGCCCAGUUUUGUACAUAAAGUGACAUGAGAUGCAACAUAUGUGUGUAUGUGUGUGCGUGUGUGUGAUUAUGUGUCAUGGUUUUUGUUAAUUCUUUGUUUUUUGGAAAUUUGGACAUUCAAAAUAAACAUGCUGUUUACUCUGA